GGUCGUCCUGGAGACCCUCUGUUACCUAAGUUUAGGGUUCACAGCGCAGCACAAAGCCGAAGGUGUAGCUGUGCAGUUCCGCCCUCUGCUGCCGCUGCCACUGGGAAAGACUUCUUUGCCACUGCCGGGUCCGGCCCGAUCGGGCCAGGUCCUGCCCGGUCCUGCCCGGUCCGGCCGGGUCCGCAGCGAGCGGUCCUUCGCUAUGGACACGGUAUCAGCCACUGUAGCCGGGGUCUUCGCGUCCCCGGGUACCCCCGAGCUGCUGAGGCGCCUGUCGAAGCUGUAUUCGGCCUUUGUAACCCUGCUACUGAAGCUGGUUGCAGUGUUACCUGAGAAUUUCCAGCCCGGGCCUGGAGACUUUUAUGGGCUCCCCUGGGAGCCUGUAUUGCUCACUACCUGUGUUGGAAUCCUUAUGCUUGCGAUUUUCUUGUGGAGGAAUGUUUUUCCAGUAAAGGAGAGAAUAUACCAAGUCACUGAACAGCAGAUUGCCGAAAAGGUGAAGACUACCACAAAGGACAAUGCACAACUUGCAGAAAAAUUGUCAAGUUAUGAACAGAAGAUCAAUAAAUCGCAGAGGCUUCUUCAGGAGACCAAGAAUCAGAAUAGGAUUCUCUCUGAGGAAGCAAUUAAAUACAAGGUGCUUGAAGAAAGCAAGGAAUUUCUGGAUGAUAUGGCCAGAACUCUUGGUGAUAUGUUAGAAUGUGAGCGGAAACGCAACAUGAAAAAUCAGGAUUUGGUCCUGGAAAAUGAGAAAUCUGUGGAGAAGCUAAAGGAGGUUAUUUCAAUGAAUGCCUCAGAAUUUUCCAAGCUAGAGCAGGAAGUUGAAGACCAGAAGAAGCUGAACGCUAAACUCAGCCAGCGAGUCAGGACGUUGGAAAAGUCUCAGAGGGAUCUGGAAGCCACUCUCCAUGAUAAGGAUGAUAGCAUUGGUGCUCUGAACAACUGCAUCAUGCGGCUGAACCGGAUGGAGGAGAGGAGAUCGGAAUCUGAGGGUCCAGGUCCAGGCAGAUGUGAGCCAGGUGAAUUAGCCAAUGGAGAAGUGGGAGGUGGGGAGAGUAAGAUCAAGGCUCACAUGCACCGGCUGAUGGAUGUCUCCCAGAAAGAUCUCCAACUCCUGGAGUUGAAGCUGAGAGCCUCCCUGUCUGCCAAAUGUGAUCUGGAAGACCAGAUCGUGAAGCUAGGUGAGGACUGCGGCAGGCUGCAGGCAGACAAGGCCCGGAUGGAGGAGGAGUUUAGCAUGCUGCAGCAGAAGGUGGAGAUCCUGAAGGAGCUGUCCCACCAGAAGGAGCUGGAGCUGCAGAAGAUACUGAGUCAGGCGGAAUGUGCACAGCAGCAGCGAGAGCAGGCGCUGUUGGCUGUGGAUGAGAAGGUGGUGCCGGCCACAGAGGAGGUGAAAAUCUACAAGCGGCGAAUCCAUGAAGUGGAAGCAGAAUUAGAGAAAACGGAGCGCUCAUUUAAAAACCAGCUUGCUACUGAGAAGAAAAAAGCCCAUGAGAACUGGCUCAAAGCCCGAAACGCAGAGCGCCUGGUGGCAGAUGAGAAGCGGCAGGCCGCCAACCUGCGGCAGAGGCUGGUGGAAAUUACCCAGAAGCUGGAUAUGCUUAAAGAGGAGCCUGGGAUCAUCAAUCGGAUGCCAGACUGUCCUGGAGUGCAGAACGCGCCCCACAGAGGUCCCCUGAGCCAGAAGGGCUCCUUUGGCCCGUCCCCUGUGAGUGGCGGUGAAUGCUCCCCGCCCCCAGGCGCACAGCCCCCUGGAUGGCCGCCCUCUGCAAGCCUGAACUUGGCACGCCAUGACAUUGCAAGAGCCGACUUCGAUCCCGGCCCUGGCCCCGUGGCCAACAGCAGCUCCCGCGGCUCCUCUCCAGUGAAGGACAUGGACAACGCCAAGCACAGCACACCUCAUGCCCCUGACUUGAGUGUUUGGUUUGGUACUUAUUUUGAGUCAGGGUUUCCUUAUGCAGCUCAAGCUGAACUUGACCUCACAGUACCCAGAGCCGACCUGCAGUUCCCUAGCAGUCCUCCCGCCUCAGCCUCCCGAGUGCGGGAUGACUGGUGUGCAUCGCCACACUCUCGUGCCCUUGAUUUUUGGGAGCAGCUGUUGCGGUCCUCAUGGUCUGUGCUAGGCAGACCCCUUGCAGUGAUGGGGAUGAGGUGGGCGUGGGCUCUUCCGGGAGUGGGAAGCCGGUUCCAGGGCCCCCUGAAUCCGACCCUGGGCGGCCCAGGCUGCUGUGCCUCCUGGGUCCUGAGGCUGCUGCCUUGGCAGCCUUCGCACCGCAUGGGGCCGCCUGCAAUGGUCAGAGCUCCAUGGACUGCCUUCCAAGCAGCCCAGGCACAGGCGCCUCCGCCAGCCCCUCCCUGUGCAGUGUCAACUGGCCGAGGCAGCUUCCUGUUCUCCCCAGCGACCCCGGGUCCCUGGGAGCCCUUGUGUCUGCCUGUCGUGCCCAGGGACUCGCUCAUGCUGGCAAGAGUGCAGCGAGCUGGCGCAGCGCCCCGCUGGCACCUCUGGAGCUCAUCUCCACACCCGAGUGGGGACAGCGUGGUGACCAUGCUCGCUGUGUGGCGUGCUGCUCACGAGGGCCCGGCAGGGUCCGGGGAUCCCUUGACUCCUCUCGGGACGGGCACCCAGUGUCACUGCCGAGCUGGAAACUGGGCCUGCUUCUGUUCGCAGGUGAGCAUGGCCGUGAAGGGGCCCCCAGCCCAUCCAGGGCCCCCGUUCCUGGGAGGCCCCAUGCCGCCCCACAUGGGCUAUGGGUCCCCACCGCCACCACUGCUCUGCAGGCCCUUCGGGCCUCGGCCGAUGCCUCCUAGGCCACCGCCACCAUUCGUCACACGCAUGGGCCCACCACUGGGCUUAAGAGACUAUGCGCCCGGCAUGCUGCCCGGUCGCCACGACCUGCCGCUACAUCCUGGCGAGUUCUUGCCGGGACCUGUGCCAUUCAGGCCUCCAGGCCCGCUCGGCGCCCGAGCGUAUUUCAUUUCAGAUCCACGAAUGCCACCACCACCCACUGGACUCCAGGACUACCGACCACCGCCUGCCGGGCCCGAGGAAUACCCACCGCCACCUGCUGGGCCCCAGGACAACCCACUGACGCCUGCCGGGCUCCAGGACUACCCACCACCACGUGCCGGGCGCCAGCACUACGCACCAUCGCCUGCCGGGCCCCAGGACUUCCCACCACCGCCUGCCGGGCCCCAGGACUUCCCACCGCCACCUGACGGGCACCAGGCCUACCCACCACCACCUGCCAGGUGCCAGCACUACGCACCAUCGCCUGCCAGGCCCCAGGACUACCCACCGCCGCCUGCCGGGCCCCAGGACUUCCCACCGCCACCUGCUGGGCACCAGGCCUACCCACCACCACGUGCCGGGCGCCAGCACUACCCACCAUCGCCUGCCAGGCCCCAGGACUACCCACCACCGCCUGCCGGGCCCCAGGACAACCCACUGCCACCUGCCGGGCGCCAGGCCUACCCACCACCACGUGCCGGACGCCAGCACUACGCACCAUCGCCUGCCAGGCCCCAGGACUACCCACUGCCGCCUGCCAGGCACCAGGCCUACCCACCACCACGUGCUGGGCGCCAGCGCUACCCACCACCGGCUGCCAGGCCCCAACACUACCAACCACCACGUGCCGGGCGCCAGGCCUACCCACCACCGCCAAUCAACCUAUUACUACUAAUUAUCCCAAUCCUCCUAGCCAUAGCAUUCUUAACCUUAACAGAACGCAAAACUACCCAUCGCCAACUGCCGGGCCCCAGGACUGCCCACCGCCACCUGCUGGGCCCCAGGACAACCCACGACCACCUGCCGGGCCCAAGGACUACCCACGACCAUCUGCCGGGCCCAAGACAACCCACCGCCACCUGCCGGGCCCCAGGACUACCCAUCUCCUCCUGCCGGGCCCCAGGAAUACCCACCGCCACCUGCCGGGCCCCAGGAUUACCCAUCGCCUUCUGCCGGGCACCAGGCCUACCCACCACCACGUGCCAGGUGCCAGCACUAGGCACCAUCGCCUGCCAGGCCCCAGGACUACCCACCGCCGCCUGCCGGGCCCCAGGACUUCCCACCGCCACCUGCCGGGCACCAGGCCUACCCACCACCACGUGCCGGGCGCCAGCACUACCCACCAUCGCCUGCCAGGCCCCAGGACUACCCACCACCACCUGCCGGGCCCCAGGACAACCCACCACCACCUGCCGGGCCCCAGGACAACCCACCACCACCUGCCGGGCCCCAGGACUUCCCACCGCCGCCUGCCGGGUGCCAGGCCUACCCACCAUCGCCUGCCGGGCCCCAGGACAACCCACCACCACCUGCCGGGCACCAGGCCUACCCACCACCACGUGCCGGGCGCCAGCACUACCCACCAUCGCCUGCCAGGCCCCAGCACUACCCACCACCGCCUGCCGGGCCCCAGGACAACCCACCACCACCUGCCGGGCCCCAGGACUUCCCACCGCCACCUGCCGGGCACCAGGCCUACCCACCACCACGUGCCGGGCGCCAGCACUACCCACCAUCGCCUGCCAGGCCCCAGCACUACCCACCACCACCUGCCGGGCCCCAGGACAACCCACCACCACCUGCCGGGCGCCAGGCCUACCCACCACCACGUGCCGGGCGCCAGCACUACGCACCAUCGCCUGCCAGGCCCCAGGACUACCCACCGCCGCCUGCCGGGCGCCAGGCCUACCCACCACCACAUGCCGGGCGCCAGCGCUACCCACCACCGGCUGCCAGGCCCCAAGACUACCAACCACCAUGUGCCGGGCACCAGGCCUACCCACCACCGCCAAUCAAACUAUUACUACUAAUUAUCCCAAUCCUCCUAGCCAUAGCAUUCUUAACCUUAACAGAACGCAAAACUACCCAUCGCCAACUGCCGGGCCCCAGGACUGCCCACUGCCACCUGCUGGGCCCCAGGACAACCCACUGAUGCCUGCCGGGCCCCAGGACUACCCACCGGCGCCUGCCGGGCCCCAGGACUUCCCACCGCCACCUGCCGGGCGCCAGGCCUACCCACCAACACGUGCCGGGCGCCAGCGCUACCCACCACCGGCUGCCAGGCCCCAAGACUACCAACCACCAUGUGCCGGGCCCCAGGACAACCCACCACCGCCAAUCAACCUAUUACUACUAAUUAUCCCAAUCCUCCUAGCCAUAGCAUUCUUAACCUUAACAGAACGCAAAACUACCCAUCGCCAACUGCCGGGCCCCAGGACAACCCACGACCACCUGCCGGGCCCAAGGACUACCCACGACCACCUGCCGGGACCAAGGACUACCCACGACCAUCUGCCGGGCCCAAGACAACCCACCGCCACCUGCCGGGGCCGAAGACUACCCACCACCACCUGCCUGGCCCCAGGACUACCCAUCUCCUCCUGCCGGGCCCCAGGAAUACCCAUCUCCUCCUGCCGGGCCCCAGGAAUACCCACCGCCACCUGCCGGGCCCCAGGACUACCGAUCUCCUCCUGCCGGGCCCCAGGAAUACCCACCACCACCUGCCGGGCCCCAGGACUACCCAUCUCCUCCUGCCGGGCCCCAGGACUACCCAUCUCCUCCUGCCGGGCCCCAGGAAUACCCACCACCACCUGCCGGGCCCCAGGACUACCCAUCUCCUCCUGCCGGGCCCCAGGAAUACCCACCGCCACCUGCCGGGCCCCAGGAUUACCCAUCUCCUCCUGCCGGGCCCCAGGAUUACCCAUCUCCUCCUGCCGGGCCCCAGGAAUACCCACCGCCACCUGCCGGGCCCCAGGACUACCCAUCUCCUCCUGCCGGGCCCCAGGACUACCCAUCUCCUCCUGCCGGGCCCCAGGAAUACCCACCACCACCUGCCGGGCCCCAGGACUACCCAUCUCCUCCUGCCGGGCUCCAGGACUACCCAUCUCCUCCUGCCGGGCCCCAGGACUACCCAUCUCCUCCUGCCGGGCCCCAGGAAUACCCACCGCCACCUGCCGGGCCCCAGGACUACCCAUCUCCUCCUGCCGGGCCCCAGGAAUACCCACCGCCACCUGCCGGGCUCCAGGACUACCCAUCUCCUCCUGCCGGGCCCCAGGAAUACCCACCACCACCUGCCGGGCCCCAGGACUACCCAUCUCCUCCUGCCGGGCCCCAGGAAUACCCACCACCACCUGCCGGGCCCCAGGACUACCCAUCUCCUCCUGCCGGGCCCCAGGAAUACCCACCGCCACCUGCCGGGCCCCAGGACUACCCAUCUCCUCCUGCCGGGCCCCAGGAAUACCCACCGCCACCUGCCGGGCUCCAGGACUACCCAUCUCCUCCUGUCGGGCCCCAGGAAUACCCACCGCCACCUGCCGGGCCCCAGGACUACCCAUCUCCUCCUGCCGGGCCCCAGGAAUACCCACCACCACCUGCCGGGCCCCAGGACUACCCAUCUCCUCCUGCCGGGCCCCAGGAAUACCCACCGCCACCUGCCGGGCCCCAGGAUUACCCACCGCCUUCUGCCGGGCUCCAGGCCUACCCACUGUCGCAUGCUGGACCCCAGCACUACCCACCACCAACUGCCAGGCCCCAGGACAACACAGCACAGCCUGCCGGGCCCCAGGACAACUCACCGCCGACUGCCGGCCCCAGACUACCCACCACCAUGUGAUGGGCCCCAAGACUACCCACUGCCGCCUGCCGGGCACCUGGCCACCCACCACCAAGUUCCGGACCCCAGGACUACCCAUUACCCCCUGCAGGGACCAAGAGUACCCACCGCCGCCUGCCGGGCCCCAGGAAUAUCCACGGCCACCUGUCAGGCCCCAGGACAACCCACCGUCCUCUGCUGGGCUCCAGAACUAUCCAUUGCCCCAUGUUGGGCCCCAGGACUACCCACCGCCAAGUGCUGGUCCCCAGGACUACCCACCGCCAAGUGCCGGUCCCCAGGACUACCCACCGCCAAGUGCCGGUCCCCAGGACAACACACCACCACCUGCCGGACCCCAGGACAACCCACGACUGCCCAGGACUAGCCACUGCCACCUACUGGGCCCCAGGAUAACACACCGCCACCUGCCGUGGCCGAAGACUAACCACAGCCACCUGCCGGGCCCCAGGACUCCCCCACCAUCUGCCGGGCCCCAGGACUACCCACCAUCACCUGCCAGGCCCCAGGACUAGCCACCGAUGCCUGCCGGGCCCCAGGACUACCCACCACCACCUGCCGGGCCCGAGACUACCCACCACCAUGUACCGGGCCCCAGGACUACCCACCACCACCUGCUGGGCCCCAGACUACCCACCACCAUGUACCAGGCCCCAGGACUACCCACCUCCACCUGCCGGGCCCCAGACUACCCACCACCGCCUGCUGGGCCCCGGAAUACCCACCCCCGCCUGCUGGGCCCCAGGACUACCCAUUGCCGCCUAUUGGGCGCCUUUUUCUCCUAUGGGUCUGCGCUUAUUUCUAGGACUGAUAAAAGUUCUCUCCAGUUAACUGCAGCCUUGAUGUUUCCUGAUUUGCCCCCAACUACAGAUUAAAGUAAUGUACUUGUAUUGCACAGUUA